AUGUCUCUAUACUGUACUCGAGCUACUUAUGGUUAUUUUAUUCAUAAAGAUGUCAAACAGCUAAUUAAAGCUGACGGUGCGAACGGUCUGUGGACAUCGACACCAUACGCUGGAAUUUGGUGGCAAUCCGGUCAGGGAUUCUGGUACAUAACCGAAUAUUUAAACACAAUGGCGUCUCGUACCACCGAUCUUCUCUACUUUGGCAUACGAUGGGCGGGUGAAACAACAUCGGACAACCACAAUCAAUACGUAGCCACGGGCUUUCUCGACGAUCAGGCGUGGUGGGGAAACGGUGGUUUGAGAAUGGUGGAUUAUAUCCGAUCGACGGGUGAUUAUGGACCGCAGAAGUUGACCAAUUCGGCUGUUGCUGUCAAGAACGAUAAUCAGUUGCACAGUGAUGCGAACUGUAGUGGUGGUGUUUAUUGGGAAUACAAAACACCAAGUAAAAAUACAAUAUCGAAUGUUCUCACAAUGGAGCUCGAGUCACAUCUGUUCGCGAUAAAUGGUGACAUCUCAAUGUUAACUGCACCGAACAAACUCGGCUCAAUAGAUCUCUACAAUUGGAUGUUAGAUAUCCGAGAACUUGUGGAAGAAACGGGCGAACAAUUUGACACAAUUGAUUCGCGCACUUGUGAAGUAACGGGUGGACCACUCGAUUACGAGUACGGUGUGUUACUACAAGGACUUGUUCAUUUGUACGAAGCCACCGAUGAUCAGCAUUAUCUCGACCAGGCACGAAUAUUUGCAGAUAAAGCGCUGAGUAUGUGGAUGGAUCCACGGACGAAAGUGUACAAAAACAAUUGUGAAACAUGUACCAACUUGGAUUUGGUCGCAUUUAAGGGGACUUUCUUUCUCGGUCUCUCUCGUUUGUAUGACGAAACAAAAAAUCAAACAUACGCCGAUAUGUUCAUAAAUACGUUCAAAGCCAUGGUCGAACAAUCGACAAGAUUUAAUCAAACGGUGGAUGAUGGUGCAGAAUAUUUUGUCACCGACUACAUCAACGGUGAUUAUGGGCAUGUGCAAAAAGAUGAUUUCUACACUAUAUCACUGUUCAAUAAUUUGGCAUUGACGACAGCUGCACUCAAAGUUUUUCAAAAUACGUAUCCUACUGUGCAUGAUCGAUUAGAUUUAACCAUCAAUGGUUUACUCACAUACUCGAGACAACAAUCUACACCUUACUUGAUGUGUAUAUGUAAUGAUUUUGGAUGUCCAUUAGGCCAUACACAACAAUGUUUUACUCAAGCUGGUCAUCAUGAUCUUCGAGCAGAGGUUACUGAGAAAAGCGAUGCCUUUCUGGUGGCACCUAACCACAAAGUAACAUUCUGGGAUAACAGUGGCACGUUCGCUGGACA